GAUGUUGCCAAAAUGGAAAAACUUCAUGCCGAGUUUCUGGAGAAAGGCUACACCAAUAAUGCUGUCACGCACAAUAUCUUGGCGGACGGUUACGGUCGCGCGCGACGAUUUGAGCGGAUGGAGGAAAUUGUGCAGCAGCGGAAGUCAUCGGGGAUCCCCAUGGAUGACCUCAUAUACUGCAUCAUGGCCACAUCCUACGGCCGGGCGAGGCUAAAAAAGGAAGUGCACCGUCUCUACACAGAGGUCACUUCCCCCACGUCCCGUCAUCUCUUCACUAGAAAAGUCAUUUGGUCUUUCAUUGACGCCUUUUGCCGCUGCGCAGCCCCGGACGACAUGGAAAAGUGCGUCGAGGAGUUAAAGAAGACGGAUGAGAAUAAUACUCUUAGCGCGAGUGAUGUUCUUACCCUUAUUCCGUACUACUGCCGUCUUGGAGACAUGAGCCGCGUGGAUGAGUUACGUGAGAAGGCCAAUUCGAUGAACGCGGACCUGUCUUACACAUCACUGAACGCCAUUGCACGGGGAUACGCCAGGGCGGGACGGUUUGACAAGACGGUAGAGACCCUCCACCUUCUGCGCGAUCGUAAUUGGGUUCCAGACGCCGCCACGGCACUGUCACUCUCCAGCUCAUUCCUCAAAGCGGGUCUGCACGAACAGGCGCAGCAAGUCGUGCAGUGGAGGCGGCAGUACGCGAAGCACGCGGGGGAGGAGGUGUCACCGACUUCAGAUAUUUAG